ACAAGAUUCCGACUUGUGAGAUCAUUCUAGAAACCUAAUAAGAGAUCGGCAGCCGCAGCCGCAGCCGGAGAAACAUGUCGAGCCGUUCGUCUUCUUCUUCUGCCCGCGAAUUAGAACUUCAGAAGGAUGUGAAAAGGCACGAGGUUGCUCUAGAUGAAUUGAGCUGUCUCUCUUCUUCUCGAAGUGUCUACCAGAGAAACGGAAACCUCUUCUUCCUCACAGCUGCCAAGAAAGCGAAAAUCGAUGCGGAGAAACAACUAGACCACGCUAAAUCUGAACUCGCCAAGAUUCGUUCGCAGACACGAUGAACAAUGGAGCUUGUACUUUGCCUCUUGUCUUUUUGCUUAGUCUUAUGUAUUGCUUCGACUUGUAGUUUGUUGAUAUGAUUGAUGCUAAUACCAGUUUUCAUUAUAGUUGGAUAAAUUGUUUAUCUUUCGAUU